AUGGACUCCACACUCACUUUCCUGCUCUCCAUUGGGCUUUGUCUGCACUGUGAGGUUACGGCACAGAUGGAAAUCUUUCCAAGACCCACCCUCUGGGCUCUCCCAAGUCCUGUGGUAUCCAAGGGAGCAGAUGUGACCCUCAGGUGCCAGGGCCGACUGAGGAGUGACAGAUUCCAGCUCUGGAAGGAUGGAGAGCUCAGAGAGGAGAAAAAUGACUCGUGGUCACAGGCAGACUUUGUUUUCAGCAAAGUAGAUGACUGGAAAGAUGCCAGAAGCUACAGGUGCCGCUCUGGAAAGGGGCCCUUGUGGUCAGAGCUCAGUGACCCUCUGGCCCUGGUGGUGACAGGAGCCUUCUACAUGCCCAACAUUGGAGCCUCACCUGGACCCUUGAUAUCUCCAGGGAAAACAGUGACCAUCUGGUGCCAAAUACCCCAACAGUCCCCCAUUCAGGACUACAGGUUUGCCCUGCUGGAUGCAAAGAGCCUGGAGCCCUUACUGCUACAGAUCCCUGCAGGGCCCAGGACUGAAUUUUCACUUCCAUCUCUGGGGACUGAGGACACUGGGAGCUACAGCUGUAUUUACUACAAGAAGACACCACCACACAGAGCAUCCCAUCUUAGCCCAACCGUGGAGCUGACUGUGCUUGGACAACUACCCAGACCCACACUGUGGGCCCAGCCUGGCUUUGUGGUGGCCCCAGGGACCAACAUCACUCUCUGGUGUUCGAAGCCCAGGCUGGCUUCUCCUAAAGAGGCGACUUUCACUCUGUGGAAGAUUGGAUCCCAGCAGCCCUCACAGAACCAGACCUCAGCAGAUCUCUGGACUGACUUCUCCCUCCCUUCUGUCAGGCCUGAGGACACUGGGAGCUACAGAUGUACUUACAAGGACAGGACAGCCUCUGGUGCACAAUCAGAGUUCAGUGAGGCCUUGGAGCUGGUGGUGGCAGGAUCUCUGCCCAAGCCUUCCCUCUCAGCCCUCCCAGGUCCUGUGGUGGAGCCUGGGAACCAUGUGACUUUCCAGUGCAGGCAGCCUCCUCGGUCAGCACUCGACAGAGUGACAUUCGCUCUGCUGAAAGUGGGCAACCCUCACCCCCUGCAGAGCCAGAACCUAGCUGGACCGCUCCUGUCUGUGAGGGCCCAGGAUGCUGACAACUACACCUGUGUCUACUAUUGGAGGAUGGCUCCAUACCAGGUGUCUGAGCCCAGUGAGGUCCUAGAGAUCCAGGCGACAGAUGAGCUCCCCAAGCCUUGCCUCUCAGCCUCACCUGGACAAAAGGUGGUCUCAGGAACCAAUGUGACCCUCCUUUGCUGGGGACCCUCAUGGGCUACUAGGUUUGUUCUGUACAAGGAGGAAGUUGAGGAAAUCCCACACAGCAUGGAAGCCCAUGAAGAUCGAGGCAAGUUCCUCUUAUUUCAUGUGACACCCAAAGACUCUGGCAUUUACAGCUGCAGCUAUCAGCUGGGCACCAAUGGAAAACCUUGGAAAAAAAGUAGUGAUGCCCUGGAGCUUCUAGUAAUAGAUCCCAGUAAGAACUCCAUCAUCAUCCUCCUCAGCUGUGUUUCCUUUCUUCUCCUCCUCCUCUGACUUCUCCUGUUUGCAUUCCUCUGCCAUGUAUCCAUCCCGAUGGAAAUCUUUCGAAGACCCACCCUCUGGGCUCUCCCAAGUCCUGUGGUACCCAAGGGAGCGAAUGUGACGCUCAGGUGCCAGGGCCAACUGGGGAGUGACAGGUUCCAGCUCUGGAAGGAUGGAGAGCUCAGAGAGGAGAGAAAUGAGUCAUGGUCACAGGCAGAGUUUGUGCUCAGGAAAGUAGAUGACUGGAAAGAUGCCAGAAGCUACAGGUGCCGCUCUGGAAAGGGGCCCUUGUGGUCAGAGCUCAGUGACCCCCUGGCCCUGGUGGUGACAGGAGUCUUCGCUAAACCCAACAUUGAAGCCUCUGCUGACUCUUUAAUAUCUCCAGGGGAAACAGUGACCAUCUGGUGCCAAAUGCCCCAACAGUCCCCCAUUAAGGACUAUGGCUUUGCCCUGCUGGAUGCAAAGAGCCUGGAGCCCUUACUGCUACAGAUUCCUGCAGGGCCCAGGACUGAAUUUUCACUUCCAUCUGUGAGGGCCAAGGACACUGGGAGCUACAGCUGUAUUUACUACAAGAAGAUACCACCACACAGAGCAUCCCAUCUUAGCUCAGCCAUGGAGCUGACUGUACUUGGACAACUACCCAGACCCACCCUGUGGGCCCAGCCUGGCCUUGUGGUGGCCCCAGGGACCAACAUCACUCUCUGGUGUUCGAGGCCCAGGCUGGCUUCUCCUAAAGAGGUGACUUUCACUCUACGGAAGAUUGGAUCCCAGGAGCCCUUACAGAGCCAGGACUCAGAAACUCUCUGGACUGGCUUCUCCCUCCCAUCUGUGAGACCUGAGGACACUGGGAGCUACAAAUGUACUUACAAGGAUAAGACAGCCUCAGGAAGAGAAACAGAGUCCAGUGAGGCCUUGGAGCUGGUGGUGACAGGAUCUCUGCCCAAGCCUUCCCUCUCAGCCUUCCCAGGCCUGGUGGUGGAGCCUGGGAGCCAUGUGACUCUCCAGUGCAGGCAGCCCCCUCGGUCAGCACUCUGGAGAGCGACAUUCACUCUGCUGAAGGUGGGCAACCCUCAACCCCUACAGAGCCAGAGCCCAGCUGGGAUGUCUGCUGUCUUCCCCCUCCUCUCUGUGGGGUCCCAGGAUGCUGGCAAUUACACCUGUGUCUACUAUGAAAGAAUGGCUCCAUUCCAGGUGUCUGAGCCCAGUGAGAUCCUAGAAAUCCAGGUGACAGAUCAGCUCCCCAAGCCUUCCCUCUCUGCCUCACCUGGACUAAAGGUGGUCUCAGGAACCAAUGUGACCCUCCUUUGCUGGGGACCCUCAUGGGCUGCAAGGUUUAUUCUGUACAAGGAGGGAGUUGAGGAAAUCCCACACAGUGUAGAAGCCCAUGAAGAUGGGGGCCAGUUCCUCUUGACUCAUGUGACCCCCAAGGACUCUGGCAUUUACAGCUGCAGCUAUCAGCUGGGCACCAAUGGAAAUUUCUGGAAACAAUGUAGUGAUGUCGUGGAGCUUCUAGUAAGAGAUCCCAGUAACAACUCCAUCAUCCUCCUCCUCAGCUGUGUUUCUUUUCUUCUCCUCCUCCUCUGCCUACUCCUGUUUGCAUUCCUCUGCCAUGGAUCCAUCCCUAUGGGGUCUUUGCGGGGAUACAGCCUUCAGAGCCGUUUUUGUCAUCCAUGUCUUCCUUGCUGUACCUGCUUGUCUCAUCAUUCUGAGGCACCCAGAGAGGAAAGCCCAUAUUCACAAGUUGCCAAGGACAGACCAGGGGAACUAUUCGUGCCCAGGGCUGAAGACCCACAGGAAGUGAUAUACAGUCAGUUGAACUUGAGAACCUUGAAUAAGAAAAAAAGGGAUGCUAAAGAGAUACCCACAUAAUCUACGAUCUAUGACACUCUCCUGCAGAUCCAGAUCCCAGGUGAAGCCUUGGCUAAGGUCUCCCUGCUCUCUGUGAGGGUCCAGGAUGCUGGCAACUACAGCUGUUUCCACUCUAGAAGAAUGACUCUCCACCAGUUAUCUGAGCCCAGAUCUCUGCCCAAGCCUUCGCUUUCAGCCCUCCCAGGCCUGGUGGUGGCGCCUGGGCAGCAUGUGACUCUCCAGUGCAGGCAGCCCCCUCAGUCAGCACUCUGGAGAGCGACAUUCACUCUGCUGAAGGUGGGCAGCCCUCAGCCCCUGCAGAGCCAGAGCACAUCUGGCACCUCGGCUUACUUCCCCCUCCUCUCUGUGAGGGUCCAGGAUUCUGGCAACUACUCCUGUGUCUACUCUGAAAGAAUGGAUCCAUACCAAGUGUCGGAGCCCAGUGAUGCCUUAGAGAUGUGGGUGACAGAUGCACUCCCCAAGCCUUCCCUCUCAGCCUGGCCUGGUCUAGAGGUAGCCUCAGGGAGCAAUGUGAUCUUCCUUUGCUGGGGACCCUCGUGGAUUCCUAGGUUUGCUCUGUACAAGGAAGGACUUGAGGGAAUACUGCACAGCAUGGAAGCCCAUGAAAACCGGGGCAGGUUCUUCUUGACCCAUGUAACCUCCAAGGACUCUGGCAAUUACAGCUGCAGCUAUCAGCUGGGCACCAAUGAAAGUCUCUGGAAGCAGUCUAGUGAUGCUCUGGAGCUUCUACUUCCCGUGGCCGACAAUCCACAGGGAGUGACAUACACUCAGCUGAACAUAAGAGCAUUGAAUAAGAGGAAAACUGACCCCAAGAAGACACCAACAGAAGCCACUCUCUAUGCCAAUAUGAACUGA